GGGGUCCGGCAAGCGCAGUGGCUCACCAAGACGAAGCUGGUGGCUGGGUUACCCCCGUCCGUCAGCAGCAUCAUCGACAACCCGGCUCACCAGCUGGAGGGCCUCGAGGAGGGGGUGAAGCGUGCCAUCUCCCACGCACGGCUCUGGAACACGACAGAAGUUGCUCCCAGGAGAGAGUAUUAUUGCCCAGUACUGUUUGAAGACUUGAUACAUUUAUGUCGGUCAAUGUCUACGAAAUAUCCUUCUCUGGCUAAAAGAAUGUUGGCUAGAAACUACAAGAUAGCAGCUACCUGGGAAAGAGAAUCUACUCUCCUUCAGGUCCGUGGCCUGAAUGGAAUACUUAUGAACUCUAUGACCCCAAUACCACCAGUAGCCUCCAAGGAGGAGAUAUUGGCCACUGAAGAACAUGUUCUGGAGACCUUCUAUCCCAUCUCUCCUACAAUUGAUCUUCAGGAAGUGAAUGUUUACAAAGAGCUCAAUGAUACAGGUUUUAGAGAUGGUUAUCCGUACUCUCAUCCUCACACUCUGUUCUUCUUGGAAUCGGCCAACGUUCGUCCUAACAGGUUCAGACCAGAACAACUUCGUGCUAAAAUGCUGAUGUUUGCUUUUGGCAACGCGCUGGCAAAGGCUAAGGUGCUGUACGGGAAUGAUCCCAAGGUUUUGGAGCAGCCAAUAGUGGUGCAAAGCGUUGGCACAGAUGGCCAGCUCUUCCAAUUCAUGGUAUUCCAGUUAAAUACAACAGACCUUAUCUCUAGCGAUGGCAUAAAAAAUCUAGUCUGGAUUGACUCUGAUCAGAAUCUGUAUGAAAAAGCCCAGUGUGUUCCAGAAGUCAAGAAGAGAGUUGUUACGAAGCCCGCUGGAAUAUAUGGCUUUCAGCCAGACACAUUCAAGAAGUUUCUGGCACUGUAUCUGCACGGAACUGUGUGAAAUUCAGCUCAAAUGAAAAUACUUCACCAACUGUACCUGCUGCUUCUUUUUGCCAGAACCAUCACAUAAUUAAAGAAAGGUGGUGGAUUAAUUUACCUUCCAAAAUAAAUUAUAUGGUUA